CUAAAUCGAAAAAAUAAAUAAAUAAUCACGAAACAGAAAGAAACAGCAGCGUGACUUGAUUCUUCAAAUCGCUGAGCCAAACGGUUGACGGUGAGGCGUGUAAUCGUAGAGACAAGCAGGGACGUCAGGAACGACAUCUAAUUAGUUGAGCCGUUGCGAAGUAAUAUACCUACUCCAUGGCAUUUCACCUAUUUAACGAAGAAGAGUACAAUGCAGCAAGUGCGGUGCAGACAUACUUCGAGUGACAUGACAAACAUUUUCAUGCCAGAGCUUUUAUCCGCAUUCGCGUCAACGUUUCCUGUGCGGUAAUUAAACCGAGAGAUGUCAAAGCGACGGGGAACAUACCAGUAAUUUAAUCACGCACCAUUUCAUAUUCGAAAAAUGUCACACCGUCAACGUUGAAUCGCGGAUUAUUUCUCAGGAGAACUGAACGGAUGAACAUCGGGUGAACCUUGAAGCUCUUAGCGAUUAUCGAACAGUCAAAAGCUGUUAUCGAGGCUUUCGAAACUCUGCGAUCAAAGCAACACCCCAAACAAAUAAGGAAGAGUGAGUACCAACGUCGUCGGUGUCAGUGCCAUGCGAUCAGUGGUGAAAUCCUAGUGAACAGUGUCGAUAUCGAGACGCGGAACAUCCAAGAUGACCAUGAUCAACCCGAUGAUCUUGCUUCCGGUGGCGGUUAUGUACAUGACGUUUUUGGUCAACUCCGUUGUGACGACGGUAAAUGAAACAGACUAUGAGAUGAUGUACAACGACGUGACGACCGACGAGUACGACGUUAAUGACACUUCGAAUUGCACGGACUACUGCGUUUCUGACGAUGAAUACAUCGAGCUCAUGGAGAACCACAUAUUUCCGGAUGUGAACGAUUGGAUUCUGAUCGCCAUGCACAGUGUCGUUUUCGUCGCCGGUCUCGUCGGAAAUGCUCUCGUAUGCGUCGCCGUUUACAGGAAUCACUCGAUGCGGACCGUCACCAACUACUUCAUCGUCAAUCUCGCGGUCGCCGAUCUCCUCGUCAUCCUGAUCUGCCUGCCUCCAACCGUCGUCUGGGACGUCACCGAGACUUGGUUCCUUGGCCUCAGACUCUGCAAGGCCGUCCCCUACUUUCAGACGGUGUCAGUUAGCGUGAGCAUCCUGACUCUGACGUUCAUUUCAAUCGAUCGUUGGUACGCCAUCUGCUUCCCGCUGAAGUUCAAAUCGACAACAAGCCGAGCCAAGACAGCGAUAAUAAUAAUUUGGGUAGUCGCCCUACUUUUCGAUCUCCCGGACUUGAUGGUGCUUCAAACUGUGCAGCACAAGUACAGGGUCGAGACGAUUUUCUUCACUCAGUGCGCUCCUUCCUGGAGCCACAAGAGUGAGGCAACCUUCAUCAUCAUCAAACUGGUCAUCUUGUACACCGCCCCUCUACUAUUCAUGAGUAUCGCAUACUGGCAAAUCGUACGCGUUCUCUGGAGGAGUGACAUUCCUGGACACAAUUUUUCGAGCAGAGGGAGUCACGUAAUAGCGACCACCAACAACCCUGGUAAUCUCGAGGGUCAGUUAAGGUCUAGGAGAAAGGCUGCCAAAAUGCUCGUAGCUGUUGUACUGAUGUUCGCUGUAUGCUACUUUCCAGUUCAUCUACUGUCCAUUCUAAGAUAUACAGUGGAGCUUAAGGCGAACCAGACGACGAAGACUAUCAGUUUGUUGGCUCAUUGGCUCUGCUACGCAAACAGCGCAGUGAAUCCUCUCAUCUACAAUUUUAUGAGCGGAAAGUUUCGCAAGGAAUUUCGACGGACCUUUUGUUGCCCAGGCGGAGGUGGAUCUAGCGGACGAGGAGCUUAUAAAAUGGCCAGAGGAGGUAGCACUCCAUGCCAUCGAUCAAAUACGAAUAAUACUCGAUCGCAGCCGACCAACAACAACAAUAACGUUCAACAAAGUACGGAGUUGAUACCCCUGAGCGCUGUAACGAAUCCUCAAAAAAACGACAAACGAGACCAACUGUAAUUUUCAUCUAUAAUAAAAUCGGAAAUCCAUCAAGAGUACCUACUGUGCAGUGUGUAGCGACGAAUAUCCAAAGCAGAAAAUCAGGCUAGGGAACUAUAAAUUUAAAUUUGAUGAUUUAAGGUGUAGUGUAGCAUAUUUUUAGGGCCUGUCUACAAAGGGAUUGGUCAAAUAAUCGUUGAAAUGAACCUAGUCAGGAUUUUUCAAAAAUCGAUUUUUUUUUUUAUUUAAUUUUCGUAAUGUAUGUACAUCAGUACAUACAUUCGAUAUAUGCACAGAAAAUUUCCUGUCGAUCCGACUAAUAUUCUCAAAGUUGCGCGCACAUUUGCAAAGAUGCCCCGGAGCGUUUGAAGGUUCUUGUGAAACUUUGAACGCGUUUUUCUCAAAAAUGUGUUUUUAAAGUCGGUGAGCAAGAUUUCUCGGAAUCGGCUAAAUCAAUCAGUCUCAAAUUUUUACACAAGCUUUAUGAAUAUAUUAUUUAGUCCCUGAUCGAAGGUUUUUUCUCGCCAAUCAAUAUUUUCCAUUUUAUAAACAAAUCGAGGCGAUAAUUUUUAUGGAAAAUCGAAUUUUUUAUAUUUUGAGAAGCCGCCGUUUUGUUAAAAUUUAAUAUUUUGCUUAUUCCUUCGAUUACAAACCAGAUAAUACCUUAUAUUAACUAAAUCCUUGUUGAUUUUUCAUUUCGGAUUAUGCAGUCCAGAGAUAUCUUUCUCAUCGCAAGACGCCUUUUUUAGAGAUGC